CUCGUGUUCAACGGUGAGCCUCACAAGCAGUUGAAUUAUGAGAUCUCACAGAUAUAUACGUAGAGCAACGGACCCUGGAAAGAAACGUCUUUGUUAUCAAAAUUGACUGAAAGUCAUUGUUACUACUUAACGUUUGGAAAUGCUGUGGAAAGAACCUAUUGCGACUGUGCAGGGGCAGCAUGCCCGUUACGCAACUAUUGAUUUAAAGUUGACCCGUUGUGACCCUGUUUCAGCAGUUAAGCCCUGAAUCUAUGAGGGAAUCGAUCCAACUGCAGACGUUUUGUCAUCAAUGCACGAUAUCAGAUUACAACGAUGAGGAAGAUAGGAGGCUCUGUAAAGGUAUAAAAGAACACCGCUUUAUCAUUCCUAUCCAUUUACUGUGGAAAUAGGAAUCAUUCCUCUGCCACAAGAAGAACGAACUCAAGAGCCGGUCGUCACCAGAGUUUGGACAACAGAAAGAUGGUGAGCACAUUUGACGGUACUUAAAUAUACGAAUUACCCUGAAGCUAACUUCACUUUUUUCAUGCAUACGCAUGUUUGAUAUCCAGCCGUUUUGAUAGUAGCUCAAAUUGUGAAAAAGAUGCAGCUGGACUUGUGGGAAGGGAUGGGGCUCCCCUUUAAAGACUUACUUAUAAAGCGUGAAAAUCAUAGAUUUCCAACGAAUGCUAUUUUCUUUUAUUAUCAGGAGUGGAAGGUGUACCUCCUUUUCUUUGCCUUGUUCGUGGCUGCCACAUCUGCAGCGCCCACUUGUAAAUGCGAAGAUGAAGAUAAGGUAAAAAUAAAAAUACUCGUUAGUGUUAUCAUUUAUCAAUCUGCAGCCUUGCAGUCUUUCAUCGUGUACUUUUAGCCAUCAAUCUUUUAUUGUAAUACAAGGUUUUAGGAGACUUAGUUGUUCCCGUACAAUGCAGACCAAAGCUGAAAUUUGUGCCGUUACAGAGCCGAUAAACGCGUUCUGACCAUGUUCCUUUAAUUACUUCGUAGAAACGUCAGGUUCGCCUUUAAAGUCCAUGUGAAUUAGGCCAGAACAAUAGCAACAUAAACGUAAAUAUUAUAAAAUCUUUUGCUCCACAGGAAACUUUGUCCAAGUACAAAGUUAAAGUCAAAAAUGGUGACGAAGAGUAUGAACAAGAAGUCGAAAUCGACACCGAGAAACAGACGGAAACUUAUCACAUUCCAAAAACGAAAUCUUCCAGCGCAGGAGAAGUGGACGAAGUCUAUGACUUUAAAAGAGUAAGUAAAUUAGCAUAGCAAAGUAAAUAAGCAUAGCAAAGGUAGCACUCCUCUCCAUUCUCCUCAGUUAUUUUUAAGAUGCUGACUGUUGGUCGGGGUCUUAAACCCUCAACCUUCCGCACGGUAGUAGGGCGCUCUCCAAUUAGUAAGAGCUAACCAAGUGCGGUUUAAAAGUUAAGAUUUUCAAAUGGAUUGAAGUCACGACUCUAAGAUCUUGUAGAGUGGCUUUACGCUUGUCUAAGUAAUAGCAAGGUAAUUUAAGUAAAAAACUUAUCGCAACUUUUCGCGUUUUCGCGUAGCUUAGGCUAGUUCGCUAACUUUGGAUAAUGGUUAACUCUUUGUUACAUUCCCUUACGUUGUGAUACUCAGUCAAAAACUGCUCUAAGAAAACAGGGAUUACUAAUUAAAAUUCAUAGUUACUGGUUACUCAUCUACUUGCUGAUGUUCUUCGUACAGAACUUGGUCAUGCGCCGAAUGCCUGAACACAAAGCCUGUUUCUUGAGUGAAUCCACUGAAAACGCUCCAAAGCCUCAAGACCUCAAAAAUGCACUUGACAAGGUAACUUUCCUUUCUUUGUUGGCGAGCAACGAUCGAUACUCUAGCUUUACACUGAAGUUCACGAUAAAGCCUUCGUUUUUUGAUGCAUUUCUGUUUCCUUGAAAUUAUCGUUUACAGUAAAGUGUUAGUUUUCUAGAUGGUAUGUGUUCAGAAGGCGAUUUUUUUUUUGCUUUUCUCUAAUUAAAUGUCAUAACCGACAUAUUUAUGGUCGAAAGAAAUAUAGACCUUCUUCCGGCUCAGGCUAAUCAAUAAGCUCUAGUAUAAAAAUAACGUCUUUUCACACUGUCAUAUCCCAGUUUUGACUUCUUGUAGUGCUCAUGGAAAAUGAACCAGUCAUCACAACAACUUAGCGCUUCGAACAUGAUCUUAACUCCAUUAUCACCUAAAAUCUUAAGCAAGAUCAUGAUUAUGGAAUGAGUACAAAUUAAAAUAGAAAUUUGAUUGGAAGCAACUCAUUGCUUUUUCAGCAAAGCGCAUCAGGUUCCUCACAAUCUGCUAAUACUACUGAGGACAACUUCGAAGUUGUUGGCACUGUAAAUGAUCGUUCCACUCUGAGUGAUGAAAUGGCUGCAAUGUGUGCCAAAUUUCCCAUUUAUCGCAUCAAGAGGAAGAAGGUCACUAUGAGUGUGGAAAAAGAAAACAUCCAAGGUAUUUGUGUGCUUUUGUUUAUAUUUUCGUUUUAAUCGCUCUAAGUGGGACCGCUAAGGAGUUAAUGCCCACAGAGUUAAUUAUAAGUCGUAACUAGUUUUCGCUCUCAUUUUCCAGGUGGUAAAGACAGGGUUAAGAGAGACCUCUGCAUCUACUGCUAUUGGAAAAUCCAAGGUUACAUCAUAGUAAAAAAAGUGAUGGUACCAUCGUAAUUAUCAGGGUUUGGACUAAGAUAUGCGUUUACGUAUCUUGCAGCCGCUGAACGAAGACCAAUAAUCGUUUAAUGAGGCAACCUCCUGAUCCAGAAACCUCAGCCAAGAAAUAAAAAUUGAUGCGUCUUUUUCUGAUUCCCUAUU